UGAUUGAGAAUAAAACGAUAUUUUUUGGUCGUUUGAUCCAUUCAAAUCAACCGGAAUCAUAUAUCGACCAGCAUCAAACCGUUGCGAAUAAGCUUCGGAAUCUGUAUUUAUUUUUUUAUUUUUUAUUUUUGCUGAUUGAUCAAUUGUAAUUCAUCUUCCUGAACAUUGUUGGUCACUUUUCAUCAUUUGACAAUCAUCGAUCCAUCAAUUUGGUUUUCAAGCGGAUGCUUUCCAUAGUGACCAUGGUUCGACAAUGGUUGCCAUCUUGGACAAUGAUGGUAAUUUUGUUAGCCUCUAUCAUUGGUCGUAUUUCUACUUGGCCUAUGACAACUACCGUUACACAAAAUUUACCAUCACAACCAUUAGCUUCACAGUCCAUAUCAGCAAGCAACGAUCCCAGUGACAUUCCGGUGAAUUUAAAUAAUACAUCUUCGAUGUUGGUUACGAAUGGUGGUCAUCGUCAUCGUCGAUCAUCAGGUCAACGUUUAUGUGGCAAAGUAUUAGUACAAGCCAUGCAAUUAGUCUGUAAUGGUCAAUAUAAUGGCCCGUCCAUUUCUUCAUCAUCAAUGAUUGCUGCUGCUCAACCAUCAUCUUCGAUAGCAUCCGGUGACAAAAUGUUACGACAGGUACGUCGAAUGGUAUUGACCAUUCAUCCGCAACAACAAUCACUAUUACAGCAAUCAUCCACACCUCCAUCGUUGCGGGAAUUGGCAAAUCGACUGAACAUAUCGCUUGCUCGUGUCUAUUAUCAGAGCAACAAACAUUGUGGCUAUUAUCCUAGCACGACAAGUUCUUCGACAAUCGAUCAUCCAGAUAACCAUGAAGCCUCAAUACAAACAACCUAUGUACCAGAUGAACAAAGUAAUCGAGUAAGAGUUCGUCGUGGUAUCGUCGACGAAUGCUGUUAUAGUUCCUGUUCGUUUCAGGAUAUGCGACAAUAUUGUGCGGCAAACACUAAUAUUAAUGAUGAUCAACGAUUAAAAACGAUUACCACUAAAUCUACCAACUAUCAUGAUCAACGAUAACCCAUAUCCCAGUGAUCAAUGAAUGAAAUUGUCAAUUUGGCA